ACGGGAGGGGAGGGAGAGUGACAGGGCAAUCGGCCAGGGGUGAAGAGGUUAGAGGGAUAAUCUAGAGAAAGUAAGGUAUCAGAUUAUUGGAAUAAGGCCCAUUGACUGCAAUCUUACAAAACCCAUAAAGGUGGUACAUACAUGGGCCAGAUUACCGUCAUAAGGCCCAUUGCGUGCACUCUUGCAAAACCCAAGUAGUGUUUAUAGGGAAUUCACUCUUCUACCUAUAAAGGUGGAAGAUACAUGUUAGGGUAAACAAACGCUAGCAUACCUUUUCCUUAGAUAACCCGCUAGUGUAUCCUUUUCCCUUUGCUGAAUUAUACUCCUACUAUGAAUAUGAUUACUAAAUUUAAUCAUCCCAUGGUUUCCUCUUCGCCGACGGCCCUUCAAAACCCUCAUACCUUCUCCCUCAGUCCUUAUAUUCCCAAACCCUCAUAACCUCUCCCUCAGCCCCUCGAUUCCCUCCUACGUCCGUGAGAAGCAGCGGCGCACUAUAGUGGAUCGUCAGCGAAAUCGACUGUGGACUUUGCAAUUUAGUCAGCGGCGGAGCAGAAAAAGGAGCAAAAGUUCUUUAAGGGGAUUUAAUGUUUUAGCAGUCCAACUAAUAGAAGAUAUCUUCAUCCGGUGUGAUUGCCAACACCCUAUCAUCCUACCUGCAAGUUCAAAUAGAUUUUGAUUCAUCAGUGCAGAACAAAACUAGUUCUACCCUUUCAACUGUCUAUUUGCCACUACCCUAUUUGCACAAGACAAGGAAAAGUAUGGGGAGCUGGGAUGAACGUUGUCAUGACAUUCUUGGAGUGAUUGUGGAUCAGCUUUCGGCAAUCGAAGAUAUCGGUCAUUUUGGUGCUGUUUGCCAGGCAUGGCGAUCAGUUUCAGUCGAGAAGUGGCACUUAUCUAUUGUUGAUCCCUGGCUAAUGCUUGCAGAGAAGAAAGAUAGUGACAACCGUGGCUUCUAUAGUCUCUCCACAAAAAAGGUUUAUUACUUGAACUUGCCAGAGGCCCGCGGUAGGAAGUGUUGGUCCUCCUAUGGUUGGUUGAUAACUUUAGGACUUGAUUUGGAGAUUCACUUAUUAAACCCUUUUUCUCGAUCUCGGGUUUCAAUUCGGCUUCCAUCUCUACGAACCCUCCCCAAUCAAUACAGCAUUGAAACAAGUCCAGAAUUUAUUCGCCGGGCUUUUAUAAAAAAAGUGAUAUUGUCCUCAAGACCAUCUAAAAGAAUCACUUCUGAAGAUCACAAUGAAAAAUGUGUGGUAAUGGGGAUAUUUUCCGAAUUCAGGAGAUUAUCUUUCAUGAGAUUGGGAGAUGAAGUUUGGACUCAUGUAUACACACCUAGAGAAGAAGGUUGUAUCACUGAUGUCGUCUACUUGAAUGGUCAAUUCUAUGGCUUCACUAGCUUAGGUAAAUUGGUAAUUGUUGACAUUUCCAGUCCUGAUCCAAAGACAAUCGAGAUUGCUGAACCACCAGAUGGUCGUAGUAAUUCUGCAGAGUUUUAUCUUGUGGAGUCGGUGGGAGAACUCUUUAUGAUUGCACGUGAAGUUUAUGUGGAAUAUAAUGGCGUUGAGUGCAAUGAACGCCAAUAUGUUCGUGAUACAGAUCUUUUUGAGGCUUACAAGUUCAAUUUUGAUGACAGCAAGUGGACAAAGGUGAAGAGCUUGGACAACCGUGCGAUAUUUGUGGGUGUUAAUGCCUCAUUCGCCAUCUUCCCCUCCAGUUAUUCAGAAUGCGAACCCAAUUGUAUCUACUUCACUGAUGAUGGCUUGUAUGGUCUUAUGAAAGAAACACCUCGUAAGGACAUGGGUGUGUUUUGGAUAGAGACUGAAGAAUUCGAUGAUCACUAUAUUGGCCCUGAAAUCCUUUCUCGGAUUUGUGGACCCCUUUGGAUUUGUCCUUCUCCAUAAGUCAUGUGGCAUGUAACUUAUUUUUCUCCUCACACAAUGUGAGGUUUUUUGUCUUUAUUUUAUUUUUUAUGUUUUUCUAUAAAUAUACCAAUUUUUUGGUAAUAAAUUUCUUCUUUUGUUGGAAUUAGAAAAAUGAUCACAAUAACAAUGAGAACAGAUCCUAGAAUAUUUUAUUUUA